ACAGAGGAAAGAUGGUUUACGAGAGUGACUUCUACACGACCAGACGGCCCUAUUCAAGGCCUCUCGUCUCGUCCUACAGCGUCACGUAUCGACCGAUCACUUUACCCCUCUCUACGAUCCUUCAGUUGAGGAACGUUCCUCAUAUACCGUACGUGGCUCACAAAAGGCUCGUGACUGUAAUCCACACGCCGUACCAUACCGUUUACCAUGGCGGCAGCGUGAUACCGAUAACAGUUCACUCGCGAGUACGUCCGAGCGUCCUCGCCGCUGAGAUCAACAGGAUACGGAAUCUGAUCAGGCCUUACACCGGGUCCUACACCGAAAGAUAUCUACAAUCGAGGGAUCACAUCUAUUUCGACGACGAGGCAAGGGAGAUACGCGCGAAGGUGGACUCCCUUCUACGAAGAGUACACGUCUUUGUACCACGAGCUGUGGCAAGCGACUUCGUGGAAGAGAUAGUGCCGGAACGUAUGCGUAGCGGGGAUUACAUUCGUCGAUUGAUAUCCGGCAAGCACAACUUGAAGAAAGACAUGGAGCCAAUCUCCUGGUACGAGGUACCGGAACGAAGUAACUUUAGUAACCUGUCCUGCGUCAAGUACAUCGGUGGCAAGCCACAGUCCAUCAGGAGGCCUUAUUUCAAAGUCGCCGAUCUACGUCCUUCCGACAUCAAGAACGACGUCAAUUUCCUCAGCUACUAUAGCAAGAACCGCGAGGCGGCCGCUAACGCCUCGUCAGACGAACCGAUGACGGAAAGGGAAUUAAGAAAGGCAAGAGCGUUGCAACCAGAAUUAGAUGAGUCAACGCUGAAGAGAGCGCCUAGAGUAGAGAAAGAACCGGAAUCGAAGCCGGAAAAGAAGCGAGGAUCUAAACGAGAAAAAGUUGAGGAACGAAAAUGGGAGACACCGAAGAAAGAGUUGGAAGCUCCUCAAGAAUUUGUAGUAGAAACUGUGGCAGUAUCGCAGCCUGAACCUGAACCUGAACCCGUGAAAGAACCCGAACCUGAGCCCGUGAAAGAACCUGAACCUGAACCAGAACCCGUGAAGGAACCGGAACCUGUGAAAGAGCCUAAACCUUCGAAGAAAUCGAAGCCGGUGAAGGUAGCUGCACCUGAACCGGUGAAAAUACCUGAACCCGAACCCGAACCUGUUAAAGAACCUGAACCCGAACCCGAACCUGUUAAAGAACCUGAACCCGAACCAGUGAAAGAACCUGAACCAGAACCAGUGAAAGAACCUGAACCCGAACCAGUGAAAGAACCUGAACCUGAGCCAGUUGAAGAACCAGCAGCUAAGACAGAGGUUAAACAAGAAAAUCUGGAAGCUGAAAAUAAAGAAACUGUAAGUGAAACGGAGGAAACGGGCGAAACGGAAGCAACGAGCGACAAUGUGAAACACGACAAAGAGGAGGCGGUAAAGAGAAUAGAGAAGUACCUGAUUAAGGCUGCCGAAGAGGCUAGGACCGACGAAGAAAGGAAACAGGCUGCCGAAGACGAAAGGGUUAGGCUGGAAAUGGAGGAACAAAAGGCGUGGGAAGCACUGCAAGCUGCACAGGAACGAGCGUUACAUCUCGACGAGAUAGUCGAGCACGAAAAGGCCGAGGCUGAGAGACAGGUAGAAGAACAGAAGAUCGAAGCAGCUCGAGCUGAAACUGAAAGAAUACUCGAGGAGGAAAGAAAAUUAGAGGAAGCGAAAACGGAAGCCAUAUUGAAGCAACAGGAGAGAAUGAUAGUGGAAGAACAUUUGGAAAAAGUCAAUGAACAGGAGGAAAAGGAAGAGAGGCUAGCGAACGUGACGUUCAACGAUGCCGACGAAGUGAAAGAAGUCGAUCAUUUGCGCGACGACGCGAUAACCUGCGACGUUACCGAUCAGGAAAGAGAAGAAAAACAGUAUGAAUUGAUCACGGACGACGAUACCAGGAUCGAGGAAGAAAAUGUAAACGAAGAAGAGCAUCUCGAUAUGACGGAAACUUUCGUCGAGGAACCAACAGGAGCCGAAAGUAAACCGGAAUCAGGGGCGAACGCUGUUGAAGAUGCGCCAAACAUCGAGGAAGUGGUUUCCGGUGGGGAAGAAAGCUUCGAAUGGGGUGACGAAGAUGCUUAAUGUUUCCCAUUUCUUUCUUUUUUUUUUUUGUAAUCGUUAUAUGCUACAAUUAUCGCGUCCUCGAUUAUUAUCGUUGUUAAUGCCAUUGUAUCUCGUAAAGUCGCGUAUAAGAGGAAGGUAAAUAUCGUUGAGUCUCGGUUGAACGUCAUUCGAUCUGAAUCGCUUUAAUCGCUUGUCUCAAGAAUUUUUGCAAUUAUGUACUCUGGAGAAUCAGCUAUUUACCGUUUGAAAUUUUUAACAGGUAGAACUGUGAUUGAAGCAGAUAAUUUAAAAAGGUAUCACGAGGCAAGGGGUUAAAUCUGUUUCUUUUCAACUUCGAGCGAUCUCUGUUUAAUCAUUAACGCGUAUUUAUGUGAAAAAGAUUUGUCGUCGAUAAGAGGCAACCUGUUGAUCGAGACUGAACAUCGAUUUUCAUUGGUAUGCUUGUAAAGUUAACUCCUCGUUGAAACGAUCCUUAACGCGUUAAUUGCCACAAAAGUAAUUAUUACGCUAAUGAUGAUAAUAAUAAGCGUUUAUCGUUACCAGGCAGUCAACGCGUUAAAACGACUGUUAUGGGAAUAUACCAUGCCCAAAAGAUGCGUCUGACUCAAGCUUGAAGAAUAAAAGACAGUUUUUUCUUUAGGAGAGAACAGGUUGCUUAGUAUAUGUUCAUCGGAACAUUGUAUACGUUGUUGUUAUUUAUUCCGUGUAACUUAUUCCGUUGCACAUCGUUUCCAAUAUUAAUAUUUAUUUCAUCGAUAAUUGAGAAUGCUUUAUUUAGUAUUACGUAACAUGUAAUAAAUAAUACAAGCUAUAACUGAAGAAGGAAAACGACUGUACGAUGAAUUAAUAAUUUUAUAACGAUCGCGUUGGAAAUGGAAAAUCCAUUCUAGUCUUUUAAUCAGGAAUUCGUGAAGCUACGUGACGUUUCCUCAAAAAAAUACGAGAAGAAAAAUUAAUUUUCGGAAACGAUGCAUCUUGUUACAAUGUUCCUAUAUUCAAUUCACGCUGUACGAUUACGUUUGUAGCCUGCAUUGUUUAUUCACGUAAUGCCUAUUUUGUUUAUACUUAUAUAUCAAUAAAUAUUAACAUUAUAUAUUUUAA